AGGAUCAAGCAUGAAAACAUCGUGGCUUUGGAGGACAUCUACGAGAGCCCCAAUCACUCUAUCUGAUCAUGCAACUGGUGUCCGGGGGCGAGUUGUUCGACCGCAUCGUGGAGAAAGGCUUCUACACAGAGAAAGACGCCAGCACGCUCAUCAGGCAAGUCCUGGACGCCGUCAACUACCUGCACGGGAUGGGCAUCGUCCACCGGGACCUGAAGCCGGAGAACCUGCUGUAUUUUAACCCCCAGGACGAGUCGAAGAUCAUGAUCAGUGACUUUGGCCUCUCGAAGAUGGAGGGCAGCGGCGACGUCAUGUCCACCGCCUGCGGCACGCCGGGAUACGUGGACUUUGGUCUGGGGGACACCCUCGUGUCACUAGAUGGUGAACCAGAUGUUGGUCUGGGGGACACCCUCGUGUCACUAGAUGGUGGACCAGAGUUUGGUCUGGGGGACACCCUCGUGUCACUAGAUGAUGGUGGACCAGAUGUUGGUCUGGGGGACACCCUCGUGUCACUAGAUGGUGGACCAGAGUUUGGUCUGGGGGACACCCUCGUGUCACUAGAUGGUGAACCAGAUGUUGGUCUGGGGGACACCCUCGUGUCACUAGAUGGUGAACCAGAUGUUGGUCUGGGGGACACCCUCAUGUCACUAGAUGGUGAACCAGUUGUUGGUCUGGGGGACACCCUCGUGUCACUAGAUGGUGGACCAGUUGUUGGUCUGGGGGACACCCUCGUGUCACUAGAUGGUGAACCAGAUGUUGGUCUGGGGGACACCCUCGUGUCACUAGUUGGUGAACCAGUUGUUGAUCUGGGGGACACCCUCGUGUCACUAGUUGGUGAACCAGUUGUUGAUCUGGGGGACACCCUCAUGUCACUAGAUGGUGAACCAGAUGUUGAUCUAGGGUACACCCUCGUGUCACUAGUUGGUGAACCAGUUGUUGGUCUGGGGGACACCGUCGUGUCACUAGAUGGUGAACCAGAUGUUGGUCUGGGGGACACCCUCGUGUCACUAGAUGGUGAACCAGAUGUUGGUCUGGGGGACACCCUCGUGUCACUAGAUGGUGAACCAGAUGUUGGUCUGGGGGACACCCUCGUGUCACUAGAUGGUGAACCAGAUGUUGGUCUGGGGGACACCCUCGUCACUGGGCAUGGGAGUAAAGAAUGGUGUAAAGAGCGCAUCAGCCUGUGUGGAUACCCUCCGUUCUACGACGAGAACGACUCCAGACUCUUCGAACAGAUCCUGAAAGCCGACUACGAGUUCGAUGCGCCCUACUGGGACGACAUAUCUGAUUCAGCCAAGGAUUUCAUCAGCCGUUUGAUGGAAAAGGACCCAGUAAAACGUUACACCUGUGAGCAGGCCCUGAGACACCCAUGGAUUGCCGGGGACACGGCUCUCUGCAAAAACAUCCACGAGUCCGUCAGCCGGCAGAUCAGGAAGAACUUCGCCAAGAGCAAGUGGAGGCAAGCGUUCAACGCCACGGCGGUGGUGCGACACAUGAGGAGGCUACAGCUGGGCAGCAGUAUGGGGAGCAGCAUGGACGCCUCCAACCCUCCAGGCAGACAGAACCAGGCCCAGAAACUGGCGCCGGUCCUGCCUGCCCAGUCCAGCAUCCAGAGCCAAGGGAACCCGGGCCAGACUAACCCCCCCGGCGGGAGCCAGAGCCCCGGCCAGGCGGCCCAGACCCAGGGUACCAACCCUGCCCCCGCCAAGAUGUCUGAUGUGGACGGCUCCAGCACUGCGCUCCGCAAGGAAUGUGUUGCCGCCCCGGCCACGCCCUGCAGUUUGGCGUCCGCAGCCUCCACCACAGCGGUGGGGUCAGAGCUCAGUCGGCCCCACCCCUCGGCGGUUCCUGCUCCGGUGUUAACAGGGACUAAGUGACGCCAGGUCCCGCGGGGAACCAGCUGGGAGGCAACUGCGUUGUGAGAGGGAGAGAGUGAGAGAGAGAGAGAGGGAGUGAGAAAGAGAGAGAGAGAGAGUGUGUAAGGACGGAUGAAUGGAUGGAUAUCUCUUCACUCUCAGCAACUUCCUCUAUGACGCAACUCCCCUCCGCCCCCCAGCCAGCUCCCCGCCCUGCUCCCCACCACCUCCCCAUCUUAAAAUGGGCCAUCGGGGAGGACGGAGAGCAGAGGACUCGGAAAACACCAAACCGGUUCAAACCGCAUGACAACCACCACCACCACCACCCAACACCACCCACCAUCGGACACAUUGACAAACGGCAUGGCUACUGACUCUGAGAGGACGAUUGUUCAUGAGGCGAACUCCUGUUGGCUGUCUGUACUAAUGAGGGGGCAUCGCCUGCUGUGAGUGUUACUGGCCAUUGGUUAGUCUACAGUGUUUGUGUGUGUGGGGUGGGGGUGGGGGUGGUGUCAUUGGUGUUCAUCACUGUCAGUCAACGUCAGCUUCCCUCUUGAAUCUGGUCUUUCCUGCAUCGUUUCCUUUCGCUUUAUUCUCGCUUCGGUUUGGCAGUUGGCAACUGGAUUGUUUUGUUUGUUGUUUUAUUUUGUAUUAUUAUCUUAGGACCCUGCACAUGUUUUCAUUGGCUUAUUUGUUUAUACGUGCUUCAAGAAGUGCUUUAACAAGUACCGUAUGACUGUUGGGCGGUGUUACAAAAGUAAGCGCUUUAUCUUUUUGCACAGGGAGGAUGUGGUGCGUUUUCACAGGUGCAGAGACGGUCUCUGCAGUUCCACCAGUUGGAGCCACUAUUAACACUGUUUAUCAGGUGGAGAGAAGAGAUUGUAAAACUUCUUUUAA